AUGGGUUUGAAUCAAGGCGAUAUCUAUGACAGGCCGCCUGACAGCCAUGUAACUGAAUUCAUGGAGAAUUAUUUGGAACGUAUCUUGAAAAGUCGUCAUACAAGCAUAAUUCUUUGCCAUUUGUCUACCCCCCGUUUUCUCUUUGUGUCUCUCUCUGCCGCUCGUUUUCUCUUUGUGUCUCUCUCUGCCCCCCUCGUUUUCUCUUUGUGUCUCUCUCUGCCCCCCCCUCGUUUUCUCUUUGUGUCUCUCUCUGCCCCCCCUCGUUUUUUCUCUUUUAGUCUCUCUCUUGUUUUUCUCUUUGUGUCUCUCUCUGCCCCCCUCUCGUUUUCUCUUUGUGUCUCUCUCUGCCCCCCCUCGUUUUCUCUUUGUGUCUCUCUCUGCCCCCCCUGUUUUGUUUCUCUGCCCCUUUUUGUCUCUCUCUGCCCCCUCGUUUUGUGUGUCUCUCUCUCCCCUCGUUUUGUGUCUCUCUCUCCCCUCUCGUUUUGUGUGUCUCUCUCCCCCUUUUUGUGUGUGUCUCUCUCUCCCCCUCGUUUUGUGUGUGUCUCUCUCUCCCCUCGUUUUGUGUGUCUCUCUCUCUCCCUCGUUUUGUGUGUGUCUCUCUCCCCUCGUUUUUGUGUGUCUCUCUCUCCCCCUCAUUUUGUGUGUCUCUCUCUCCCCCCUCGUUUUGUGUGUCUCUCUCUCCCCCCCCUCGUUUUGUGUGUGUCUCUCUCCCCCUCGUUUUGUGUGUGUCUCUCUCCCCCUCGUUUUGUGUGUGUCUCUCUCUCCCCUCGUUUUGUGUGUGUCUCUCUCUCCCCUCGUUUUGUGUGUGUCUCUCUCCCCCCUCGUUUUGUGUGUGUGUCUCUCUCCCCCCUCGUUUUGUGUGUGUCUCUCUCUCCCCCUCGUUUUGUGUGUGUCUCUCUCUCCCCCCCUCGUUUUGUGUGUGUCUCUCUCUCCCCCUCGUUUUGUGUGUGUCUCUCUCUCCCCCUCGUUUUGUGUGUGUCUCUCUCUCCCCCCUCGUUUUGUGUGUGUCUCUCUCUCUCCCCCCCGUUUUUGUGUGUGUCUCUCUCUCCCCCCCUUUUUGUGUGUGUGUCUCUCUCUCCCCCCCCGUUUUGUGUGUGUGUCUCUCUCUCCCCCCUCGUUUUGUGUGUGUGUCUCUCUCUCCCCCCUCGUUUUGUGUGUGUCUCUCUCUCUCCCCCUCGUUUUGUGUGUGUCUCUCUCUCUCCCCCUCGUUUUGUGUGUCUUCUCCCCCCCCCUCGUUUUGUGUGUCUCUCUCUCUCCCCCCCCGUUUUGUGUGUGUCUCUCUCUCUCCCCCCCUCGUUUGGUGUGUGUGUCUCUCUCUCCCCCCCUCGUUUUGUGUGUGUGUCUCUCUCUCCCCCCUCGUUUGGUGUGUGUGUCUCUCUCUCCCCCCCUCGUUUUGGUGUGUGUGUCUCUCUCCCCCCCUCGUUUGGUGUGUGUGUCUCUCUCCCCCCCUCGUUUGGUGUGUGUGUCUCUCUCUCCCCCCCUCGUUUGGUGUGUGUGUGUCUCUCUCUCUCCCCCCUCGUUUUGUGUGUGUCUCUCUCUCUCCCCCCUCGUUUUCUCUCUGUGCUUAUACCAGAUAGUAAUUCCGUUGAGUUGAGAGCCCCUCUACCACGGCCGUUUUGUCCGCAAGACCGAUUUGAACUAAAUAAAGACGAUUUGCACUUGCUCGAAGUUCUGGGCGAAGGAGCAUUUGGAAAAGUUGUCAAGGCAGCUUACGCCAUCACAACUACUUCUGGAACUUUCCUUAAAAAAACAGUAGCUGUAAAAACACUUAAAGACAAUGCUUCAACAGAGGAUCGCAAAAUGUUGUUGCUGGAGAUAGACGCCAUGAAAGACAUCGGUUGCAACCGUCACGUGGUCAACAUGGUUGGUUUCUGUCAUUUUGAUGACGACAACCCUGCACUAAUUUUGGAAUACUGUCCGUUGGGCGACUUGAAGAAUUAUCUUCGAACAUUUCGACCCGAGACCCCACCCCGCCUACAAAACACGCAGUUACUUUUAUUUUUAAAUAUCUAUUCAGGUUCGCAAGAAUUGGGUCAACUGACAAUGUUAUCAUAUGCGCGUCAAAUCGCGAUUGGAAUGCACCCGACAGAAACUGCCUUACAAAUGGAUGGCCUUAGAAACACUGAAGGAUUUGAUUUUUACAAUAAAAAGCGAUGUGUAAGAUACUGUCGUGUUUUUCCUUCCUCAUCUCUACGCUGUAUAUUUCUCUCUCUCUCUCUCUCUCUCUCUCUCUAUUUAUAUCUGAUUCGCUCUCUUUAUCUCGCUGCCCGUCUCGCUCCCACUCUCUUUAUAUGGUCCUUUGGCGUUGUUCUUUGGGAGAUAACAUCGCUUGGUAGUUGCCCUUAUCCAGGAUGCAGUGGAAUGGAACUUUAUUGCUCUUUGGAGCAAGGAAACCGACUCUCGCGGCCGCAACGCUGUGACGAAAAACUAGUUAGGUUUUGGGGUCCCCCCCCCUCUCUUUUAGUCGCGCGCACCGUUUGGGAAGUAGAUUUUCAGCAUGCGAUUCAUCACUCUCCUUAUCCCUAUGGCCGUCCACUGUCGCUGUUUCUGGCCGUCCUUGAACGUCUCUUGUCAGUCCCCUAUCCCACACUGUCGGCGAUCUUCUCUCGUCUCUGCUCUCGUCUCUCCUCUCGUCUCUGCUCUCUGCUCUGUUCUCGUCUCUCGUCUCUGUUCUCGUCUCUCGUCUCUGUUCUCGUCUCUCGUCUCUGUUCUCGUCUCUCGUCUCUGUUCUCGUCUCUCUCAUCUGUCUCUCAUCUCUGCCCUCGUCUCUCAUCUCUGCCCUCAUCUCUCGUCUCUGCCCUCUCUCAUCUCUGCCCUCGUCUCUCGUCUCUGCCCUCGUCUCUCGUCUACUGCCCUCGUCUCUCGUCUCUGCCCUCUCUCUGCCCUCGUCUCUUCUCUUCUCUGCCCUCGUCUCUCGUCUCUGCCCUCGUCUCUCUCUUCUCUGCCCCCCUCUCUGUCUCUUCUCUCCCUCUCUCCCUCUCUCUCUGCUCUCAUCUCUGCCUCACUGUCUCUCAUCUCUGCUCAUCUCUGCUCUUCUCUGCCCUCGUCUCUCUCUCUCGUCUCUGCUCUUCUCUGCCCUCGUCUCUGCUCUCGUCUCUGCUCUCAUCUCUGCUCUUCUCUGCCCUCGUCUCUGCUCAUCUCCUGCUCUUCUCUGCCCUCGUCUCUGCUCUUCUCUCUCGUCUCUCUUCUGCCCUCGUCUCUCGCUCUGCUCUUCUCUCAUCUCUCUCUCUGCCCUCGUCCUCGUCUCUGCUCUCAUCUCUCUUCUCUGCCCUGCUCGUCUCUGCUCUUCUCUGCCCUCUCUGCUCUUCUCUGCCCUCGUCUCUCAUCUCUAUUCUCUGCCCUCGUCUCUCGUCUCUCUCUCUGCCCUCGUCUCUCCCUCUGCUCUUCUCUGCCCUCGUCUCUCAUCUCUGCUCUUCUCUCCCUCGUCUCUCUCUCUGCCCUCUCCCCUGCCCUCCUCUCGUCUCGUCUCUGCCUUCUCCCUCUCGCCUCUCGUCUCUCUCUCAUCUCUACCCUCGUCUCUUCUCAUCUCUGCCCUCGUCUCUGCCUCUCUCUGCUCUCGUCUCUGCUCUCGUCUCUCUCUCUCUCAUCCCUCUUCUCUGCCCUCGUCUCUCUUCUCUGCUCUUCUCUGCCCUUCAUUCCAGCCAUUUAUACCAGGUCCAGAAUAACCAUUCUUUACUCCCUCGCUCAAACCAGAACCGCUUAACCAUUACUGUAUUACCUAGAUACGUAACUUCUCUCAAUUCUUGGAGCCCCUCGAAAAACAUUUGCAUAGAAGCCACUUCGUCUUGUAUGUCUGCCCAAAAGAAGGACGACGAGGAAGAGGCUUACGAUUCUGGCUGUGGUGGAGACGGUAACAGUUCUGUGAGUACGUCACCGGCCCUGCGCACCUCUCCACUCAAAGAAGCUUCUAUCUAUCUAUCUAUCUAUCUAUCUAUCACUUACGCUAGCCCCAAAACAAAAAAUAUCUCUCUGUUAACACCUUUUCCUUCUCUCUCUCUCUCUCUCUCUCUCUCUUUCUCUCUCUCUCUCUUCCUCUCUAUCUUCUCUCUUACUCGUGUGCAUAGUAUUAAUUGUGUGCUGAAAUACAUUUCUCUCUCUCUUUCCUCUCUCUCUCUCUCUCGCUCUCGCUGUCUGUGUCACGCUCUCUCUCUCUCUCUCUCUCUCUCUCUCUGA